GUUUAAAGGGUGGGCUUGUAGUCAUUGUCAGGCAGCAAGUAAGAGAGAGAGAGAGAGAGAGGUGCGCCCAGGCAGACCGACUGAAGAGCGUGUGUGUGCAAACUGGGAUGAGUAAAUGCACUGGGCGGCUUAGCUGUUGAUACAGCCAGAGAGAAAGAGAGAGUGUGUGUGUGUGUGCACGAAAGCGACAGAGAGCGCACGAGAGAGAGAGAGAGAGGGUGAGAGAGAAGAAGUGAAAGGGAAGAAAGAAGCAGAGAAGAAAAAAGGGAGGAUACAACAACUACAACUAUGCUGUGCUGCAUAAGAAGAACCAAACCGGUGGAGAAGAAUGAUGAGGCGGACCAGAAGAUUGAACAGGAUGGCACCCCCAACAAACCCGAGGACAAGGCCCACAAGGCUGCCACCAAAAUACAGGCCAGCUUCCGUGGACACAUAACUCGGAAAAAGAUGAAAGAUGGAGAUGAGGAAAAGGAGGGAGACAGUCCUGCUGCUGCAGAGGAGGCGACAGAGGGAGGAGAAGAGGCAAAGAAAGCGGAGGGAGAAGAGGCACCUGCAAAGGAGGAGGAAGCUGCAGGAGAGGAGGCCAAGAAGAAGGAGGAGGAGACGAGCCAAGCCAAAAGCCCGGUGGCAGAUAAGCCAGCUAACUCUCCGGCAGCUGCUGCUGCCUCUCCUGUAGGCGCAGCGACGUCUCCUGUAGCGGCAGCACCGGCUGCUGCCUCUCCUACGGCCGCCACGGCGCCCUCCGAGCCCCAGAAAGAGGAGCCAAAGGCGGAGAAGAAAGCCGAGGAGAAGCCCAAAGAGGUGGAGGCCCCAGCGGCGGCAGCCAAGAGUCCCACCACAGCCACAGCUGAGGAGAAGAAGGAGGAGAGCGAGGAGAAAAAGGAGGAGGCCAGACAAGCCGAUGUGCCUGCUGCUGUCAGCCCGACAGCUGAGAAGGAGGAGCCUAACCAAACAAAAGAUAAACAAGAUGCUGCAGAGGAGUCUAAAGCAGAGGAGGCCACCCCGGCAGAUGCAGCGGCGGAGGGCACCGAGUCCAAGGAUGACUAAGGCAAAGUCUUAACUUAAAGAAAGCAGAAUUAAGAGUAUGAAGAAUUACACAAAAACAAAAAUCUAAAAAGGUUGCUCUUUGCCUUCCCAAUGUGAAGGCAGUCCGUUUCUAUUUGUUUGUCAUUUUUUGUGUGGCAAUGAUUUUCUCAUGUUGGGGGAGUUUCCAGCGUUAAGUUUUUUGGCUCAAGCUAAUACUAUGAGGAAGUGGUGAUGAUGAUGAUGUUGAUUAUGAAAAAUGAUUGUUACCUUGAUGAGGAGGAGGAGGCGGAGGAUUUGAUUUGAUCUUCACUAUCUAUUGUAAGUGAAUCAGUGGUGGAAUGAACGCUCCCAACUGGAUGUUUACACGUUUAAAAUGCGUUGUGAAUGCACCACACUUUAUUCGCAUUGCAAUGCACUUUAUUUAAACACAUUUUUGCAAUUAAAAUCUGUACUUCUGCAAAUGCACGCACAAAAACAAGCUGGUUUAAAAUGCAACUUUAGUUUUCAGCACUACAAGUGUAUUGAGAACACCGCAAAUAGGUAAUGUACUGACACAUCUGAUGGAGAAUAGAAUGUAUAAUUAAAUGUGUGACAUUUCCAGUUGGGCAGCUUUAUCCUGAAUCCAAAAACCACAUAUAGGACAAGACUAUUACUCUCUCUCUCUCUCUAUUCUGCUUGAGUCAUUCAAGCUUGGUUUACACCCCUUUUACAAACUCCCUGUCUACUCACAUUUACAGUAAAGGACCUGUUGCCAUUUAAAUGACAUACGCAUAUAAUAAUACACUUUAAAAGUCAGCUAUAGUAUUGGUAUAACUGGCUCUUACAUGACGAUUUGUGUUCUGCCAACCAAACGUGAGAACAGUAGCAUGAACCAUCGAACCAGAUGCAUGAUGGGAACUCUCCCUCUGAGAGGAACUUUUUCGCAGUCACAAAAACUUAAGAGGUGUGGCGGCUUCUUUUUGAUGUCUUUGGUGUUGUUAUGACAGUUUAUAUGAAUUGGAAAAAUACUGAGUAAAAUAAAAAUGCACUGAUGUUACGCAAAAAAAAAGUAAAAAGAAAAAUCAAACAAACGAGCAAACAAAAAAUACUUUUCCCAUGUUCCAGUGAGUGCAAUGUCCAGUUUCAACCUUAUCAAGGAGUUCAAACUUGUGAGAAAAAAAAUAUGAAAAAAUAAAAAUGGUUUCAAUGUCUGUUUUCAAAAUAAAGCAAAUGUGCCAAUUACCAUCAUAAA